AUGACCAAGAUUGCUGAUGCUAAUAUGGCGACAGAAAUCGAAGAGAAUAAUAGGCUGAUGCGCGAGACCUUCUUCGCACUCGCCACACCACUAAACAUCUUCCUCCUCGCCAUCCUGACCGCAUUCCUGUACUACCGACUACAACCCGCGGCACCACCGGCGAUCCCGGACGCACCAGCACCCAUAGUCUUCCGGACCUUCACACCGCGGACCUUGCUCCCGAACAACGGAAAAGACGGGCAGCCGGUGUACCUGGCGGUCAAGGGCAAAGUGUACGACGUGACGAGCGGACGCAACUUCUACGGACCCGGCGGUCCAUACGAGAACUUCGCAGGUCGCGAUGCCACCAGAGGCCUGGCGUGCCAGAGCUUCGAUGAGGAGAUGUUGACCAAGGACCUCGAUGGCCCCCUUGACGAGUGCAAGGACCUCGAGCCCGAGCAAUUGGAGAAUCUGCAGGGUUGGAUCGAGAGGUUCGAUGAGAAGGUGAGUCUAAGUAUCUCCAUGCCGCUUUUUGACUGCCAUGAUUUCAACUGUCAUUUGAAGACGGUGGCUGUCUAA